AUGGCCGCAGGUUUCGUGAAUAUCCGCCGCGAUGUGGAUGACAAGUUCUAUCGCUACCGCAUGCCCAUUCUCCUGACCAAAAUUGAGGGAAAGGGAAACGGCAUCAAGACGGUUCUGCCUAAUAUGGCUGACGUCGCACGUGCGCUCAGCCGUCCUCCCAGCUACACAACCAAAUUCUUCGGCUGCGAACUCGGCGCCCAGACGACAUGCGACGAGAAAAACGAGAAAUAUAUCAUCAACGGUGCUCACAAUGCCGACCGACUGCGGGAGCUCCUUGAUGGCUUCAUCGACAAAUUCGUCUUGUGCAAGUCGUGCAAAAAUCCGGAGACGGAACUUAUCAUCCUCAAAGUCGGUCGCUCGGAAGAUAUCAUUCGUGACUGCAAGGCCUGUGGAGAAAGGACUGGUGUUGAGAUGCGACACAAACUUGUCACUUUCAUCUUGAAGAACCCACCAAUCAAGGCUAGGAAGGGUAAAAAGGCUGCGCAAAACGGUGACGCGGCCGCUGGCGUUGGUGGAGGAGGAGACGUUACGCCCGAUAAUGCUGAAGAAGCGGCCGAUGGAAACCCAGACAGUGACGACGAGCUGACCAAGAAGAUCAAAGCAGAGGCUGCAGAACUCAAUGAGGAGACGACUUUGGCCAAUGAGGACUGGUCCGCUGACACCUCACCUGAGGCAGUCAAAGCUCGCAUGAAAGCCCUUGAAGGUGGCCUGGCUGCGGCCUCUCUCGCAAACGGAGACGAUGAAGGCAGCGACGAUGACGGCAACAGCCCGUAUACCCAGUUUGGCAAUUGGAUCAUGGAUGUUCCGGAACUGGACCCGAAGGCUCUCAACGUCGCCAUAUACAAGAAGGCGGAGGAACUCGGAAUCGAGAAGAAGCACAAAACCGUCUUGAUUCUCGUCACCAUCUUUACCGAGGAUGUUUUGACAGAAAUCCCCAACUUGGCACCGCUUUUCAAAAAGAUGGUUACGUCGGAGAAGCAUCAGAAAGCGUUGCUCGGCGGCAUCGAGCGCUUGGUUGGGCUUGCGUUCCCCGAUUUGCUGCCCCAGGUCCCCAAGAUCCUCAUGGCCCUCUACCAGGAUGACAUUCUCGACGAAGAAGUCAUCACCAACUGGGGAACCCAUGUCAGCAAGAAGUAUACUGACAAGGAAACAAGCAAGAAGGUCCGCAAGGCUAGUGAGCCUUUCUUGAAGUGGCUUGAAGAAGCUGACGAUGAUGACUCGGAUGAGGAUUGA